UAUAUUUACAGGGAAAACUUCCUUUCCUAUCACAUGGGCAGUAAUAAAAUUCUUUAUUUUUAUAAGCCUUUUUUACAAUCAAAUUUCGUGAAAAGAUUUAGUUUAAUGAAACGAAAGAAUUUUUACAAAAAAAACAUAUAUUGUUUGAUUUUCCCUAACAAGAAAAAGAGAUAUGGGAUCAUAUAUAUAUAUUAAAUAUUGUUUCCUUUUUUAACAAGGAUGAAAUAUAUAUAGAUCGAAUCCUAUUAUCAGAGAAAUAAUUUAGUAACUAGCUAAAUCAAAAAAAGAAGACCUAAUGGAUCUGCAUGUUAGCAGCCUUCCGUGGGAACUAGAGGAAGAAAUACUCUCUCGUCUUCCACCUGAGUCUCUUGUUCGGUUCAGAGCCGUGUCUAAGAGAUGGAACUCUCUUUUAAACAACAAGAGUUUCAUCAAGAAGCACUUGUCUCUCUCCCGUCCCCACUUCAUCUUCCUAACCAAAUCAAAGAUUUGUUCAAUAGACAUCAUCGAUCAAACUAUAGAUGUGCGUGAGCUACACUCUUCUUGCAGCAGGGGUUUAAAUUCGUUAUAUGGAACCAUUACUUGCGAUGAUCUCUUGUUCUGUAAAUAUCCAUUCUUUUCGUAGGAGACAGCCUUGUGCAAUGGUUGAGACAGGUUGACUGGAUCAAGUUGUACGUGGACCAAAAGUUCAAAGUUGUCGGCUUAGGAUACCAAUACGUGGACCACAAAAGUUUCACAAGAUUUUACUCUACACAGGUUACGACCGCCAGAGAGUUGCGGUCUACGAGUGUGCCUCUCACGCGUUGAGGUUUAUUGAAACACCUAACAAUAACAUGCACAUAUCUGAAAAUGCUAAACGGUCACAUGUGUCCUUGAAUGGAAAUUUGUAUUGGAUUCGCCAGACUCAUGAAUAUUUCAUCCAAAGCUUUGAUUUUUACUUGGGAGAUUUUCCAACCCGUUUGUCUUGAUGAACAUCUCCUUGCGGUUUGGAAAGGAGAAUGGUUUUUGUUGUUAAAGCAAUCCUUUUUAACAAGAGAGAUUGAGAUUUGGGUAAUGAAGAAUAAGAUUGAUGAUAAAGAGAAAGUGGUUUGGUAAAACUUGACGACUUUAACAGCAAGUAACUUGCCAACGUUUUUUGAUAAGAUUUAUGGCUUUAGUUAUUUUGGCCAGGUCGGUUGGUUUUCUCACUGUGCCUAUGUUCCAAAUUUGAUCUCGGUUCCUUAGAAUUUCAGAUUUGAACGAGUUGUUGCAAGUAGAGUGUUAUCAGUUUUUCUUCUAAGUUGUUGCAUGUCUUUUGUUUUAUUUGAAGUUUUAAUGUGAUUUGUAAGGUUUAUGAUGUCUCAGUUUGAUACAAAGAUUAAACAAAAGAUCUUCCUUGGAUGAUAGUACACAUGAUAUGUUGAAAUUUAAAGUUGUUAAACGUCUGUUAAUAUUAGCUAAAUAGAGUAUAACUUAUAUGUAUCAUCUUCACAAAACUUUACAAAAGGGAAUUAGGAGUUAAGUCGAAUGUUUUUUUCUAGUCGUCUCCCAAAAUGGUAAAACCGAAUCUCAUCCAUCUUCAAAGUUAUCUACCCUGGUUUAGUCACCGGACCUCUCCCUUUUCGGUUCGAUCUCAUCCCUCUCCUUAUACUAAUCUCCUUGACUAGAAACAGCUUAACCGGUCCUAUACCCAAUUCUUUAUGAUCUCUCUCAAACCUCCACAGUCUUGACCUUAGCUAUAACCAACUCUCAGGCUCUCUUCCUCCUUUUCUCACUACACUUCCUCGUCUCAGAGUCCUUGUUUUAGCCUCAAACAACAUCGUAUAUAAUAGAUUGUUUUCUUUUUGGAGAAAAAAGAUAUAAUAGGAUAUAAAUGGUGACGUAAGGAAUUAAAAAGAAUAAUCAAUUCCUACUCGUUCUUUAAAAUUUACACAAUUUUAUUAAGAAUAUUUGUUGCGUAUGAUUUCUUAUCAUUAUUUAAACUUUAAAGAACUAUAGAAAAAUAAUAUUUCUUAUCAAAAUUGAUAUGACACAAAAAUAAUAAAUAUUUAUUUUUAUUCAUUUUAUUUUGUUUAUUUUCAUUUUUUUCAUGCAUGCUCAUUCUUAUUCAUAUUUAAUGGUCACCAAUUAGAGCAUUUGUAUUACAAAAAAAAAAGAUAUACUGAAUCUUCUAUGAUAUAUUACUCCCUGUUGAGAGAGAAAGAUAUAUUGCAUUACCAAAAAAAAAAUAUUGGAUCUUAUAUGAUAUAUUGUUUCCUUUGGGAGAAAAGGAUAUAUAAGACCCUAUUACAUCAAAGUUUAAUAUCAAAAUCAGAAUAUCUAAUGGUUCUGCAUGUUAUGCUUCCAUGGGAACUGGAGGAAGAAAUACUCUAUCGUCUUCCACCUAAAUCUCUUGUUCGAUUCAGAGCAGUGUCUAAGAGAUGGAACUCUCUUUUCAACAACAAGAGUUUCAUCAACAAGCACUUGUCUCACUCCCGUCCCCAGUUCAUUUUCCUAACCCAAUCAAAGAUUUAUUCGAUAGACAUCAUCGAUCAAAAGAUACAUUUGCGUGAGCUGCACUCUUCUUGCAGGGAGUUAAAUUCGGAAUAUGGUACCAUCAGUACUUGCGAUGAUCUCUUGUUCUGUAAAUAUCCAUUUCUCUGGAAGAAGGAGACAGCGCUUUGGAAUCCAUGCUCGAGACAGUUAAACUUGAUCAAGUUGUCUGUGGACAGAGACUUCACUGUUCUUGGCUUAGGAUACGACAAUAGUGGACCCCAAAAGGUUCACAAGAUUUUACUGUACUACCCCCACCCCGAGGAAGUUGCAAUUUACGAGUGUGCCUCUCACGUGUUGAGGUAUAUUAAUACACUUGAGGAGGACAUGUACAUAUGUGACAUGUCUAACGAAGCCAAAGGGUGGCCACAUGUGUCCUUGAAUGGAAAUUUGUAUUGGAUUGCUUACAAUCGCCAGACUUGUGAGUAUUUCAUCCAAAGCUUUAAUUUCUCGAAUGAGAUUUUCAAACCCGUUUGUCUUCUUCCUCCGUUUGAAGAUGACCAUUCUUGGAAUGAACAUCUCCUUGCGGUUUGGAAAGGAGAUCGGUUUUCGUUGUUACAGCAAUGCUUUUUAACAAGGAAUAUUGGAAUUUGGGUAACUAAGGAUAAGGCUGAUGAUAAAAAAGAAGUGGUGUGGAUAAACUUGAUGACCUUGACAGCAACUAACUUGCCAUACUUGUGUAAUAAAAUGUAUGGGGUUAGUUACUUCAUCUAUGAUAAGACCUUAUUCAUGUGUUGUGGCGAUGGAAGUAGUCAGCCUUGCAUCCAUAUUGUGAAGGGAGACAGGUGCAAUAAGAUUCAGAUAGGUUAUGGCGAGGAUGGUUGGUUUUCUCACUGUGCAUAUGUUCCAAAUUUGGACUCGGUUCCUUUAGAAUUUCAGAUUGAGUGAACUGUUGCAAGGCUACUGUUAUCAGUUUUUCUUUUAAGUUGUUGUAUGUCUUUUUUUUUUUUUUAUUCAAACCUUGUAUGUCUUUUGUUUAUUUGAAUUGUUUUAAUGUGAUUUUUUGUAAGGUUUAUGUCUCACUUUUGUUCACUCUACUUUCUCUUCAUUAGCUCCUAUGGACCGGGCCGCUCUUAAUCCAUCAGAGACUCUUUAACUGACAUGCUCCGUUUAGUAACCACUUGUCCCUGACCCUUCUUCCUCCUCUAGUCUCACUUGCACAUCUCUAGGCCGCGUUGCCACCUUAUCUCUUGGCCCUAAUCUCUCCGGUUUGCUAUCUCCUUGUGUCUCCAACUUAACCUAUUUGACACAACUUGUUCCCUGCUCUGGUUUAGUUACCGGACCUAUACCCAAUUCUUUCUCAUCUCUCUGAUACCUCCAUACUCUUGACCUUAGCUAUAACCAGCUCUCUUCCUCCUUUUCUAACCACACUUCCACGUCUCAAAGUCCUUGUUUUAGCUUCAAACCAAUUCAUCCAAUAACCUUAAACAUGUGUCUAGUCCCUUGUUCCAUUUAGACCUCUAAAGAUGAACCAAAUCUCCGGCCAACUCCCCCCUUCUUUCCCCAUCAUUCUCAGGUACUUAAUCCUAUCCAAGAACUCAAUGAAAGGCACGAUCAACGCCCUAAACAAAGCUAAUAUACAUCGAUCUUAGUAUGAAUCAAUCCCUAACUCACUCUUUGGUACCACUCUUAUCAAUGUUCCUACAAAGAAACAACUUCACGUCAAUCUAGACAAACAAACAAAAAGAAGAAUAGUGUUUAUGUGUUCUUACUUUCGCCUAACGAAAUGUUUUGGUAUGCACAUGAUGGCCUUGAAAUUUCUUAAACCUAAAUCAAACCACCAAUUUUAUCUUUUGAAAGCAAUUUGUAAUGUUAUUUCAAUACCGAAUUAACUAAAUUUCCUGCAAUGUAAAUAUAUUCGGAUUCAAUCAACCGAUCUACUAAAUUCAUUUAUAAAAAUGUAAAUUUACUUAUUUUUAAGCCUUUCUUGUUUCCCAAGUUAAUUAAUUUCUGUACUUAACUUUUUUUUGUCUAAUCAUAUAUUCCUAUAUAUAGCCUUCAUUAUUUAUCGAGAAAAUAAUUUCCUUAAAUCUUCUAUAUUUAUAGGGAAAACCUUCUAUAAAAUUUGUUAUCCUUAUAAGCAUUUUUAACAUAAUUAGUUCGCGAAGAGAUCUAUACUAUUAUUUGCGAAGUAAAUUUUGCAAUAGAGCUCUCACGUUAAAAGUUAGAACGGUUAAUAUCUAUACUACCCUUAAUGAAUUUGUAUAUAAUUAACUAUAUAAUCAAAAACGAAUUUUUAUUUAUAAUAUUAAUUUUCUUUUCAAAAAGAUAAAUUUUAGAUUGUGUUGUUAUCUUAAAACAUAUUUUAUAUAAUCAAAAACAA